AUGGCGCCAGCGUCCACUUCUGAACGUUACAGGAUCUUACUGGCGAUAUUGGUGGUCGUGACACUGCCUAUUACAACUUGCCUUCUGUGGUUCAACUAUGCUGCUGUUGUGCUGGUUGAACAACGAAAGAGGUUAACAGCUUCUAAGCUAAGGCAACCGGAGAAUAGAACAAUUCUGAUCACGGGCACUGAUAACGCCUUCGGCCUGAAUCUGGCUCGUGCUUUCCACAAAGCUGGCUACAAGGUGAUCGGGGCAGACUCCAGGGCUGGAUCACCAUCAAGUAUCGCGAAACGAUCCCGGGCUGUUUCUAAACACUAUGACCUACCACGGCGGUUUGCCGGAGAUGAGGCUCCCUAUGUGGCACGCUCCCUGUUCGUGAUAGCUCGGAGAGAAGCGCCAUGCCUUUGGAUCGACUGCUCGAAUGACCUGAGUCAAGAGAUCGUUGCGGAUGCUCGGUCAGAAAUCGAAAGUGGCAUGUCAUGCAAAUGUCUGGUCCUCGACAGCACAAUCAGUGAUCGGCUCUCGAAGCGAGAUACUCUUCUGGAGUUGCUCAGCACGAAUGGUCUUCCAAGUCCGGAGUUCCACAAGGUAAAGAGUCGCGCUCAGAUACACAAAAUAUUGAACCAUGCUCCAGGUCAGAAAAAGUACCUCCUUGGUUCACCAGAACGGGAUGGGUCACCCACUCCUCGUACAUUGCUCCCACAACGAACUCUGAGCCAAACAUACAAUAAAGUUUCUUUAGUCAAAGUUGCCGAGCAAUCGCCUAUGGUCCUGGAGGAGUCGACAGAAUCGCUCAAAAUCUACCAGUGUCUGGCUGUUGUGGUUCGUGGCAGUGUCGAUUUCUUUGUGGCUCGUCCUAAGUCGGAGCUGCGCCAUGAGCCACUCUUGCCAGACUCUGGACUCUGGCGAGCAAUGCGAACAUACACUAACUCCAUGGCACGCUUGUUGGAUCUCUCGUCCAGCCACCUGGUUCUGCACUUUGGCCUGAACGAACAGGUGACACAAGCGGGUGUGUUACAACAAAUUCUUCUUAUCGAAUGCAACACACGUGUGGACCCAACCUUUGUGCUCUCCAUAGCACGAAAAGAUUUCGAUGAUCUAUCGAGAGUUUAUCGGACCCUGCUGGAGAGCCAUACCAAUGGAAACAUCAAGUCGUCAAGUGGCGAUUUUGCGAAGUCGGCAAUCACUUUUACGGCUGACCAGUCACGGAUUUCGAGGCAGCAAUACCUCCUUCCAGACGAGUUGAUAACACAGCUGAUCAGGCCAUGCAUAGAAUUCAUAUAUCAUCCUACCAGGCCUCGGCAUGUGUUGAGCUCUUUGUACAUUUUUAUGUACAGAUUGUUGCUAUGGGAUGAAGCAUACUACGACUUCUGGGAUCCUUUGCCCGCAUUCUGGCAUUACUCACUUGCGUUUCUAUGGAAGACCUUUCUACGUAUAUUGAAGAGCGGCGUUGCGAAAGCCGCAUGA